CUGCAAUCAAGUUACAGCUAGCCAUUAAUUUUGUUGUGUCUCGCCUCGCCAUGGAACAGUUUCAGUUGCUGCAGGAGUCCUUAUCGUUGUCAACAUCAGCCAAUAUCCCUUUCCUCCUCCUCCUCACCUUAUUUACGGCCAUCCUGCUAGCAAUUACCAGCUUGAUCUCCAAGAGACCAUCUAAGAGUACAUUGCCGCCAGGCCCAUGGAAGCUGCCGGUGAUAGGAAACCUCCACCAGCUGGCGCUGACCGCGUCCCCGCCGCAUCGCCGCCUCCGCGACAUGGCCGAAAACUACGGGCCCGUGAUGCAGCUCCAGCUUGGGGAGCUGCACCACGUGGUGGUCUCCUCCGCGGAGGCCGCCAGGGACGUCCUGAACGUGAGCCGCGGCACUGGCCAAGCCGCGGUGGAUCUGGGGGAGAUCCUGUUCUGGGUGUCGAACCGAGUGAUCGCCCGGUCUGCUUUCGGUUCGGUCCGGGAGAACACAGAAUCUUUCAUGGCCGUGGUGAACAGUAUGUCCGAUGCGCUUAGCGGCUUGAGCGUCUCCGAUCUCUACCCUUCCGUCAGAUUUCUUCCAUGGCUGACCGGAUUUCGAGCCAAGCUCACCGCUCUGCAUCGAGAAGCGGAUGUCAUACUUGAGGAGAUAAUCAAAGAGCACAGAGCAAGAAGAGGCAAUCGUGGUGGUGCUCAUCAUUCGGCUGCUGCAGUGGAUGAUAUCAUCGAUGUUCUUCUGGAUCUCCAGGCAAAUUGUACCGAUCUGGAAUCCCCAUUGACGGACGACAACAUCAAAGCAGUAGCUACGGAAUUAUUCCUUGCUGGGAGCGGGACUUCAUCAGUAACAAUAGAGUGGAUCAUGUCAGAGAUGAUGAGAAAUCCAAGAGUGCUGAAGAAAGUGCAAGAUGAAGUUCGGCAAACAUUCCGCGAGAAGGGGAAAGUUGAUGAAGAAGGCCUAGUCGAAUUGAAGUACAUGAAUGCAGUUAUCAAGGAGGCUUUGAGGCUGCACCCUGACGGCCCAUUGCUUGCUCCAAGAGAAAGCCAAGAGGAUCUGGUUGUCGACGGAUAUCUUGUUCCGGCUCGAACUAAAGUUAUGGUUAAUGUCUGGGCAAUUGGGAGGGACUCGCGCUCAUGGGGUGCUGACCCCGAGGCAUUCAAUCCCGAAAGAUUUCUUGAUUGUUCAGUGGACUAUAAGGGAAGAGACUUUCAGUUCCUCCCAUUUGGUGGAGGGCGGAGGACAUGUGCAGGAAUUUCUUUCGGGAUGGCUAUUGUUAAACUUGGGCUAGCGAAUUUACUUUAUAAUUUUGACUGGGAACUUCCCGGUAAAAUGAAACCUGAAGAUCUGGAUAUGACGGAACGAUUUGGACUCACAUUACGUAGAAAGAGUCCAUUGUGCUUGGUUCCCGUUGCAUUCCAUAUUCCUGCUCCCUGACUUUCUUUGUAUCCUUUGGCUAGCUGUUUCGUUUCUUUCUUCAUUUUGGCUCUAGUUUAGCUUGCUGGUUUUUCUCCGAAUUAAGGGGCAUGCCCUUGAUCCUUGUCACUUUCAUUUCGGCAAUGCUUGAAUAAGAGGUCCGUGUGUUUGUCAGAAGAGAUUCUUGGUUUUUGAUUAACUUAUUUGGUUAAUUAAUUGUUGCUAACCUUUAGUAAAAAAUUAUUAAGUAAAGUAGACAAACCUUU